UUGCACUUGUCUCCAUCUUUUUCUUUUGUGUUCUUCCCUUCGUUUUCCUUUGAUUAUAUGUAUGUUUUAUGAUUGUGAAGAUUGAGCUUUUAACAAUUGAAGGAGACGUCUUUAUCUGCAUAAUUUUGUUAUUCAUUGUGGCUACCACAAGAAGGCCGCUACUGUCAGACUCAGGAGCCUUUGUAGAUUGGGCGAUAUCAUCGUCCACGGCAAUCCGAGCUGGCCCCGAUGACCUGUCCCUUGGCUUUAAUGCAAACGCCUCCGCCGCCGCGGCGGUGGUGGCUGCUGCUCCUGAAUCCGCCACCACUCAAUGGCCACCCUCAGCUGGUCAGAUCAACUACGGCCUUCCCUCAGAAACGGGGAUGGUUGGUCGUCGCGAUUUCGUUUUUGUCGCUCCUGCGUCUUAUAACCAUCAUCAUCAUUACCAUCACCAUCUCCACUAUGCUCAAGAUCCCAUCAUCGGAAAUGAUCAAAUCAAUGGUCACAAUGUUGCCACGGCACUUGGUGUAGGCGUCGGUACUGUUUUCCCACUUCUUACAGCAUCUCCAUGUGUAGCACCACAAAAUAUGGAAGAUUCCGAUUUGCUGAAUAACAAUGGUCGUAACAAACUCACUGAUUUGAUACAAAGCAGUGGCGGCGGCGGUGCCGGUUCAAGCUCAGGCACGACGUGUCUAGAUUGUGGGAACCACGCCAAGAAAGAUUGUACACACAGGAGAUGUAGAACAUGCUGUAAAAGUCGAGGCUUUGAUUGCCUUACGCACGUUAAGAGCACGUGGGUACCUGCUGCUAGGAGAAGAGAGCGUCAGCUCAUGGCAGCCGCCGCCGCUACUGGCGGUGGUGGCUCAUCGGCAUCAACAUCUGGGGGUAAAAAACCGAGACUUGUCAUUUCACAGACGACGAACACUCAUACUUCAACUUCAAACACUACAUCAAGAAGCUUUGACACUAACUCAAGUCACAAAGAUGCAUGGUCACUGCCGGGGCAAGUACGGGCGCCGGCGGUGUUCAAGUGUGUAAGAGUGACGGCAGUGGAGGAUGGUGAAGAUGAGUAUGCAUAUCAAGCGGUGGCUAGGAUUGGUAGACGUGUGUUCAAAGGGUUUCUUUAUGAUCAAGGAAUUGAAGGAAGAGAUGGGUUUCCCAAUAAAUCUGAAUUGCAACUGGGCGGUGGUGGCGGCAGCAGUGGCGGCUGAAAUGGGGUUUCAUCAUCAUCACCUGUUCUUGAUAGACU